AAGACGCGCCUUGUAUUUUCUUUUUACUCACAAUUGCCAAGCCUGGUAUGCCAAUGGCGGGCUCUCACACCCCGCAAUCUGCUUGGAUUAUUCACUUGCUCUGCCUUUGGGCUUCUGCAGUUCUGGUAUUCGCCGAUGAACAUUCCUUGUCUCUUAUUCAAAAUGGCACACUGCAGCUAUCACGUGGCUUGCCUGUGGGAAAUUCUCCAGGUUCUAAGCCUGGUGCUACUGUGCUUGUUGAAAGAGUUUAUAUACAUGGAUUGUCAAGGUUUAAAAGCCUGGGGAAAUUUGCACAUUCCUUUAAAGUGAAGGUGUUGCCACUUCCUACUCACUCAAAUGUUCGUCUGCCAAACAUAGAGGUCUGUUUCCAUAGGAAUGUGUCUCUUGUAGCCGGGAUGUGUUCACAUAGCCAGUGGGAGAAGGUUGCCAAGGGUUCUUGGACUCGAUCAAUGUCUCCUUUUGACCACAAGAUUUUAGAUAUAAGGACUGCUGGAUCCACACUGGAAAACUUUGAGGUUUCUGUCGAAGAAGAAUUUUUUGUAUAUCGAAUUGUGUUAUUAGUAUUGGGUAUUACUCUCAUGAGCCUUGCAGCCUUUAUAAGUAACUCAUUAGCAUUUUACUAUAGCAGUGCAAUGGCAAUUGGAAUAAUUCUCGUUGUACUGAUUAUUCUUUAUCAGGGAAUGAAAGUUCUUCCAACUGGUCGUAAGAGUUCCCUUGCUAUAUUUAUGUAUUCAACUGCUGUUGGUUUUGGUACUUUUCUCCUCCGUUACAUUCCUGGCUUAGUUCGUUCAGUACUUACAGAGUUAGGAAUUGAUGAAGACAUGUAUAAUCCUUUGGCAAUAUUUCUGCUGACAUUUGUUGCAAUAGUUGGAGCUUGGUUGGGGUUCUGGGUGGUACACAAGCUUGUCUUGACUGAAGAUGGAUCAGUGGACAUAAACACUGCUCAAUUUGUUGCGUGGGCUAUAAGGAUUUUUGCUGCGAUUAUGAUUCUUCAGAGUUCUAUGGAUCCCCUGAUAGGAACAUUGGCUUUACUAUGUGGAUCACUCCUCUCCUUGUUGAAUCGGAUGCGUAGAGUGAGAUUCCUUCGUCAUUUACGCAGGCGUUUCUUUAAAUCACCCAAGAAAAACAGAAGGAGAUCCCAGGUUCCUGACUCGUCACCUUUUGAUGGUUCGCACGAUGAACAUAUGUACAACAAGAUGCAAAAUAAAGAGGACUCUCUACUUUUUCAGCCACAACUGAAAAGCCCUACCUUGUCGCCUUGCAAAUCUUCUGCUAAAGGUUUCAUUAGGACGCCACUUAAAACACAGGAGGCGUUAUACCCGUCCAUCAUACACAACACGCCGGAGAGAAAAAAAUAUUCAGCUGCAGAAUGGGAUGCGUUCACAAAGGAGUCAACUGAAAAAGCCUUGGAAGAACUUGUUGCAUCCCCUGAUUUCGGUAAAUGGUUUUCCUCCAAUGCAGGUAGAAUAAGCGUAACGCCCAACACGAAAACUGAUCGUGGGCGUAGAUGGAUGUUCUGGUCUGGAAGCACCUAAACGUUCUCCACAAAUUCAUGACAGUUUGAUCGAAGUAGUUGAUAUAAUCCUACAGGAUUUCUUGCCUUGGAGCUAACGGUUGUUUUUCCAUUGCAGAAGGUUCAAACACAAGAGCAAUGUAGAAUAGACAAACUUAAAUAUUGUAAAUUUUUUGUGAUGAGUAAUGUUUUGUGGGGUGUAUUAUAGAUAUUGAUUCCCUGCUCUGGUGGUUUCUCAGAUCUCGUAUCCGACGCUGACCAUACUGGGUGAUGAUGUAGUCUUAAUUUUGAAAUUGGUAGAAUGUAUUCACUUCGUUUUUGUUUUUAAGAACACGUUUUACGCCAAACUUAGAUUCUAUGAUUCA